AUGUCCGCCUCGCCAUCAUCGUCCGUCAUCGAACCUUUACCCGAUGAUAUCGAACCGUCUGACCAAUCUCUUCGGUGGGCUGACGAGAUCGAAUCAGACCUCACCAAGAUUACCGGUCCUUACGGUCUCGAAUGGCUCACUUCCCGCAAAAACGAUCUUAUAUACGCCAACAAAGAAAGCAUCGUGAAGCAUUGUGAAAAGUAUGGUGGUGAUCUUCAACGCCCAUCCCAUGUCCCAGACCGAUUCUUUCCCUCUUCCGCCGCUCAUUACGGUCUAACGCAAUACAUUUUAAGCCGCUCAGAGUCAAAGAAGAUAGCAGGCACGGUUAAGAACUUUGUCUGCAAUCGAAGUCACAAACGGUCCCGUAAACGGACAUGGCCGUCAGAGCUCUAUACCCGAAAUGGAAGUGCUCUUAUGCAACAGAGAGAGAUAUGCCAACUCUGGCUUUCAGUUGGUCAGACUUGGGACGGUGCAACAGGUGUUGGUUUAAGCCGAAUCCCACUCAAAGAGUCCGAGUCCGAGUACGCUGGACCUCAGAACCCAAUUGAAACAAGGAUGGUCACACCCGAAGAUGUUAUGAAUAAACGUCAACGCCGUAACCCUCCACGAGCCCCACCUCCUGACUAUCGUCUCAAUCACACGCUCUCGUCGGACGAUGAGUCCGAUUUUGAAGGGCCCUUCACACCUGAUGAUCUAUUCGACAGCCUCGCCACGAAUAUCCAAGCCGCUCGUGGCAGAUACGAAGACAUGCGGACCGCUCAUCUGGAUGCCGAACGCCUCAUUGCAACUUUGAAGGCAGAAAACGAAGCGUUAUGUCAUGGAUUAGAAGACAGGCUUAGUAGAUGA